AUGGAGUCCGCGGACCUUCAACAGCCGUCGCUGGCGCCUUCCGCAGUGCCCAUACCUUCUUUCACUGUGGCUCAUCAAAAGGUCGACAUUGAGGUCAAUUUUAACCAACAAAUCGCUGGCAGAACUGAGAUCACCAUCUACCCCGAUGCACAAGACCUGCGAGAAAUCAGACUUCACGGCCGCAUAUGUGUCGUCAAGAAGGUCCUGGUGAACAAUCUACCUCCUCCUUCAGUACGGCAUGAAGACCCUUGCGAACAACUCGCUCUGCAUUCCAAUAGUACCGCUCAUCAGCACCAUCUUCUCUCCGAAAAGAUCGCUCGGUCAAUCGGGCCGAGCCCAGAUCCGGAUCUCAUCAUCACUCUCCCCAAGAAGCUCAAGAUUCUCCCAGUCGAGGUGGCAGAAGUUCACACACAAGCUUCUGGCUCCAUCAAAAUCUCAGACCCCACCACUGCUGGCGCUUCUGCUGCCGAGGCGACUCAGGCCUUGACAGAUACAACUGUUGCCAAAUUCACCCCCAUCACUCUGGUGAUCGAGUUCGAGACCUGCCACGCUAGGGAAACUCUUCAGUUCGUGGCUGGAAAACGUGGUAGCGGUCGUUGGCCUCAUGCCUACACCCGAUCAAAGCUAGGUCGUGGAGGGGCUUCAUCGCUCUUCCCAUGUGUUGACCUCAUUAAUAGUCGAUGCACCUGGGACAUAUCCAUCAGAUGUCCACGGACAGUAGGUGAUGCUCUAAAUCAAGCCUUAUCCCUCGACUUGGCUGCUCUCAACAUUGACCCGUCUUCCCAAGAGGCUCGACAGAGCAUCGAAAGCAAGGAGAUGAUGGUAGUGUGCUCCGGAGAGCUGACCGAUGAGAUUGUGGACAAGAGCGACAAUACACAGAAGACGGUCUCCUUCUCCUGCUCACAACAGUUAGCCCCACAGCAGAUAGGAUUUGCUAUAGGUCCCUUUGAACGCGUCGAUCUAGGCGAGUUUCGCGAUGCUCAAGAAGUGGAAGAACUCGGUCGUAACGCUGUGGAGAUGCUAGCAUUCUGCUUACCGGGCCGCGCAGAAGAGACAAAGAAUACCUGCCUUCCUCUAACCAAGGCUGUCGACUUUGUGGUACACAAGUACAUUUCCUGCCCCUUCCGGUCUUACUCGAUGUGCUUCGUCGAAGAUAUAUCUACAGACAUAUCUAUUUUCGCAGGCGUAUCGAUGUGCAGCACGCGGUUACUUUAUCCUGAGGACGUCAUCGAUCCAGCCCAGGAAGUGACAAGACAGCUAGUUCAUGCCAUUGUGGCGCAAUGGAUUGGCAUCAAUAUCAUUGCAGAAGAGCCCCGAGACAACUGGGUCAUUAUUGGUGGCGCCUACUUCAUCACGAAUCUCUUCAUGAAAGAGUUGUGCGGUAACAACGAGUAUCGGUACCAUAUGAAACAACUGGCCGACCGUGUCUAUGAGCUCGACCACGAGCGCCCGUCGAUUUACGAAAUGGGUGCGCUGCUCCACGUUGAUCCAGCAGAAUAUGAGUUCAUUGCUCUGAAGGCACCAGUGGUACUUUUCAUCCUGGACCGUCGCAUCGCAAAGACGCAAGGAACUUCAAAGAUGCCGGCGAUUUUUGCAAAGAUCCUCACCAGAGCCCGAACUGGUGAUCUGGUCAACAACGCCCUUUCAACAGACCUGUUUCAGAAGACAGCAGAGCGGUUUGGUCAUACUAAGUAUGACGACUUUCUGGCGCAGUGGGUCAAGGGGGCGGGCUGCCCAAGGUUCUCUGCAUUCCAGCGGUUCAACAAGAAGAAGCUCGUGGUGGAAAUGCUUAUCAAGCAAACCCAAGGCACGACAGCAACGGACCGGGAGCUCGAUGUUGAUACAUUCAUUCGCGAUGCUCGCGAAGACUUCCAAACUGUGUAUGCGGCUCCAGCACAACCUGUUUUCACAGGGCCUAUGACGAUUAGAAUUCACGAGGCUGAUGGGACGCCAUACGAACACAUUGUGGAGAUCAAAGACGUCCAGACUACUUUCGACAUCCCCUACAAUACAAAAUACAAGCGACUCAAGAGAAGCAAGAAGCAGCGAGCAAGAGCCAGUACCAAAGCCGCAACUGACGUCGGAGAGGAGGAAGGUGAAGCUCUAGUAUACUGUCUCGGUGACGUUCUGCAGAGCGAAGAAGAUGUUGCCAACUGGAGAAUCACCGAAUGGAGUGCCGACGACGAAGAACGGAUGAACUCUGAGUCGUACGAAUGGAUACGAUUAGACGCCGACUUCGAGUGGAUCUGCCAGAUCAAUCUCCAGAUGCCAGGAUACAUGUUCACUUCACAGCUUCAGCAGGAUCGAGAUGUCGUUGCGCAGCUUGAAGCAUUGAGGCAUAUCUCGAGUUACCCUCCGUCGCCGCUUGUGUCAUCCAUUUUCAUUCGAACGUUGAUGGACAGACGCUACUUCCACGGAGUUCGUUCGCUAGCUGCUCAAGGCCUUGUAAAACACGCAAGAGACGAAAAUAACGCAAAGAACAUUGGCCUAUUUCAUCUGAAAAAGGCAUUUGAAGAGUUGUAUUGCACAACUGAACAGGGCCUAGCCAUGACACGGCCAAACGACUUUUCUGAUCAACUGGCAUACCUUUUACAAUGCGAGAUUAUCGAAGCCAUCUCCAGGGUGCGAGACAGUCGCGGGCAUACACCAAAGGAAGUCAAAGAGUUUUUAUUGGACAAGCUCAAGUUUAACGACAAUUCUGCCAACGAUUACUCGGACGCCUUCUACGUGGCUCGACUCAUGAAGGCACUUACCGCGGCGAUCAUUGCCCGCCCACACCACCAAGUGGGUGUAGAUGACAUGGACCUUGACCUGGAGGAUGAAAUGCACGAGAUGAGCCAACUGGAGAACCAAUUCGUCGAAGAAAUUGAUCGAUAUCGUCGUAUGGACGAAUGGACCAGUUCGUAUCAGAAUCUGUAUUCGCGGACGGCUCUCGAGUGCCAGUCAGUCCUUGCUAGCGCCGGUAUCAGUCAAUAUUCACCCUUACAUUUCUUGCAGUACACCCGUCCCGGGAACUACGACAUGCUACGGGAGGCUGCAUACAAUGUUCUCAUAACGCCAAAAGUCCUCGAUGAGCCGUCAAUACUUCGCUAUGUGUUGUAUUGUAUGGUUGCGGACUCGUCGCCAUGGCUUCGGCAACGUCUUCAAAGAUCCUUUGGUAAGGUCCUCGCGAAGCGGGCCAUUGGGGACAAGACGGCCACCGUCCAGCCGGCAGCCGACGGGCUUGUAAUUGAGGACACAGCUGUAGCCGACGCUCGACAGGCCGAUCUAGCUAGACGGCAGACCAUGGAAGGCGCAAUGACUGCUCUGAAAAAGGAGCUGGGAGGUCAUGAGGAACUCAAGUCUGCUCUCUGGAGCGCGGUGUGCUACGACCAGAUUACCCUAGAUGAUUUGCAGACAAUGCUUGAAUUCUGCCGACUGCUGUACGAACCAAAGGAUGAAAUGAAGGUCAAUCUACGGUUGCCACGGUACUGGAAGGUCGAGAAUCUUGGAAAGGGCAAACUCAGAUUCGUGACAACCAAAAGAGUCAGGUCGAAGGCGAUACCAAAAUGGCACCCUCCUGUGCCUGCUGCCCGUCCAGAAAUACAUUCUCGGCCCAGUGUGGGCGGCAGUGGAGGCCUGAAACUGACGUUCAAAAUGGGUUCGCAGUCCUCUCGUCCCACGCCCACUCCUCCCGUGCAACAGCCACCACAACCGUCGCCGCCGCAACAACAACAACAACCAGUGCGACAACAGAGCGCCAUACCUGGUCGUGUCGUGCUCAAAUUGAAGCCCCCACCGAAGGCAUGA